AAGAUGUUCUGGCUUCCCGCAAAAUUCAGGAAGACCGUUCAAGACGAAGAUACGCAUGAUGGCGGGGUCCGAAUCGCCUCUGAUGAGAAUACAAAAGCUAGUCGGAAGCAGGCAAAAGAAAAGGGGAAACGUACUUCGUUAGAGAAUAAAGGAGCGACCACCUCUACCAUUGCCGCUUCCACCUUCAGAGAUCUCCGACGAAGAAUAUGAAGAUAUGUCAGCAGUGCCACACGCUAGGACUCCAGAACCUUCUAGAACUAAACCACCGAUACCAUCUCCGAAAGCCCGGAAGCAAAUAAACAUGAAUUAAAUAGCAAGCUAAAAAAGAAACUACCCGUGCCUCCAACGAAACCCGUGGAAAAACUUCCGAAACCAAUGCCUCCACCGCAAACUCAGAAGAAAUCACUAAAAUCACGUAAAACUUUUUCAGCCUUUAUAACGAAUCCUGAAACAGUCAACGAGCUAGAGAAUAUCCUCAAGAAGAAAGGAAUUGGGCCCAGUGGAAAUACAACGGCAUCCACUCGCUUCAAGGAACUUCUACAUACUCCAACUCUACCAAUACAGCCUGCCACUCAAAAACCUACCCCUCCUUCGGCUGCAGCAAAACCUCCUCUGCAAACAACUCUACCGAAGCCUUGUGGGCCUAAAAUACAACCACCUCCAUCCAUUACUCGGAAGCCAAGUCUGCCUUCGCCAAUGGAUGCACCAGUCCCACCACCAAUUUCAACAUUACCAAGACCCACACAAUCCGUACCAGUUAAAGAACCAGAAGAAGACGACUGUGAAUGGGACGGCGAAGACUGGACAUACGAGCCUUUACCACAGCAAAAUAUUUACAGCGUGUGAUAACAACGAAUAUAUGUCUAUUUGUUACUUAAUCUCAGAAAUGGCAACAUACGAUAUCCUAAUCAGAUCUCUUCAAUGCAACAGUUGCCAAUAGCUAAAGAUUUAUAAUGUAAUCUAUAACAAUGUAUUUUUUAUUUUAAUAAGUACUUAGCAAAAUAGCGGCGAUAGCCUAGUUGGGUGUGGAACGGACUGCCGAGACGAUUGUCCGCGGGUUUAAAACCCAAGCGCACACACAUCUGACUUUUCAAAAGUUAUGCGUUGAUACUUUGUGAAUUAUUGCUUACUUUAAAGCUGAUGGAAUACAUCGUGAGGAAAUCUGCAUAUCUGAGAAAUGCUUUACAACAAUUUAGGAGGUAUGUGAAGUCCGCCAACCCGCACUACACCAGCGCGGUGGACUAAGGCCUAAACCGUCUCAGUAGUAGAGGAGGUCUAUGCCCAGAAGUAGUCUGGUGAAACAAAAACUCAGUCGCAUUCACUUUUUGUUUUUAUUGCUCCGUAUUUCCCUCUCCUUCCCACCAUAUAUAAAUGAUUAAGUAAUUGCACAAAUAUAUUUGUUAAAACCUCAUACUUGUUUUAUAUCAUAGUGUUAUUUGAAGUUCGUUUUUACACAACUCAGAGAAUGCCAAAUAAACUUUGCAUUUAUAAUAUUAUACCCGUGCUGUAAAUACAGAAACAAAAGUGUGAGAGAGACAAAACGACCAUGCGGCCUUUGCAACGGAUAUACUCAUUGAAUGCCUCAGUAUACACCCGCGGGAAAGAGACAGUUAUUGGUCGCGCAGUCGCUUCGUCUCUUUCUAGAGGUUUAUUGCUUUCCCAGUUGUUAUUAAAGUUUUCUUACAGAAAAGGAAAAAUUGCCAAAAUAACAGAUAAACCCAAAAAUAUUUUAUCUGAAUUCGAUGUAAAUAUUUUUACGAUCUCCAAAAUAAGACCCAGAGAUACAAGUUAAUUACCAUUGCUUUCUGUCAAACAGUGAAACUAAUUUUAACAUGUACCGUCACCAACAAAAGUAUGAAUAAAUUAAAAACAUAAAAAAUGCGACACCUCACAAUUUUUCUGUAUCUAAAAUAAAGUUAACCCUGUGAAGUUUAUUUUAGCGAAAACAAAACGAUUAUUGAUACAAAAUUAAAAGGAUUUGAAAUUAAGAAUUUGGUCAAUUCCUUUUGUGGCAGACUAUUAGAGAAUACAGUUCUGCAUCAGCAUGUACAAUUAUUGACUCGAUAUUAUUGAGUUCUUAUUCAUAUCAUGAGGUGGUCUUCUCCAUAUAUUUUAAGAUUACAGUAUCUUUCUCAUCUUUGGGUCGUGUAGGGAUAUUUUUAAUGUAACUAAGACUUAAGAAAACUACGUAGAAUUAAUUUUACUGUUAAUAUGUACAAUGCAUUUAUUUUCAUUAAUUAUAAUAUUUCGAUAAACAAAA